CUAUCUUUACAGAGAUAAUGAACAAUGUCAUUAAGAAGGCGAGGGAAAAAGGGAAAUGGAAGGUGCUGGUGGUGGACAAGCUGAGCAUGAGAAUGGUCUCAUCCUGCUGUAGGAUGACGGACAUCAUGUCGGAGGGAAUCACCAUCGUAGAAGACAUAACCAAGAAGCGUGAGCCUCUUCCCAGCAUGGAGGCCAUCUACCUGAUCACACCGUCAGAUGAGUCGGUUGAGGGUCUGAUUGAUGACUUCAGGGAUCCUCAGGCUCCGAGGUACAGAGGAGCCCACGUCUUCUUCACUGACACAAUCCCAGACUCACUCUUUGGACUGCUGACCAAAUCCCGAGCUUCUAAAGCCAUGAAGGCCUUGACAGAGGUCCACGUCGCCUUUCUGCCCUACGAAUCUCAGGUCUUCUCCCUGGACAAAGUGGAUGCCUUUCAGGACUUCUACAGCCCCUUCAAAGCGGAUGUGAAGAACAACAUGUUGGAGCGCUGUGCUGAGCAGAUAGCCACCCUCUGUGCCACUCUCAAAGAGUACCCCGGAGUUCGAUACAGAGGGGAGUACAAGGAUUGUGCAGUUCUUGCUCAAAUGGUUCAGGAGAAGCUGGAUGGCUACAAGGCUGACGACCCCAGCAUGGGAGAGGGUCCAGACAAGUCUCGCACUCAGCUGCUCAUCCUGGAUCGAGGCUUUGACUGCGUGUCCCCCCUCCUGCACGAGCUCACCCUGCAGGCCAUGGCCUACGACCUGCUGGGUUUAGAGAACGACGUCUACAGUUUUGAGACCAGUGGGAUGGGAGAGACCAGAACAAAGGAGGUGGUCCUGGAUGAGGAUGACGACCUGUGGCUCUCCCUGAGACACAAACACAUUGCUGAGGUGUCAACGGCUGUCACUCGUUCGCUGAAAGAAUUCUCUGCCAGCAAAAAGAUGAACACUGGAGAAAAGACCACCAUGAAGGAACUUUCUCAGAUGCUAAAGAAGAUGCCUCAGUAUCAGAAAGAGCUCAGUAAGUAUUCCACCCACCUCCAUCUGGCUGAGGACUGCAUGAACCGCUACCAAGGCACUGUGGACAAGCUGUGUCGUGUAGAGCAGGAUUUGGCUACGGGCACAGACGCAGAAGGCGAGAAGAUAAAGGAUCCCAUGAGGCUGAUCGUGCCCAUUCUCCUGGACGCCAACGUCAGUGUGUUCGACAAGAUCCGGAUCAUCCUGCUCUACAUCUACAUGAAGAACGGAGUGUCUGAGGAAAACUUGUGUAAGCUUCUCCAGCACGCCAACGUCCCACCAGAGGACAGUGACAUCAUUUCCAACAUGGCCCAUAUGGGUGUUCCCAUCAUCACAGAGGGCACCGCCAAGAAAGCCAAAAAGCCGGAUCGUAAGGAACGGAUAAGCGAGCACACCUACCAGCUCUCCAGGUGGACUCCCCAAGUCAAGGACCUCAUUGAGGAUGCAAUUGAGGACAAACUUGACCCCAAGCAGUACCCGUACAUUUCCCAGCGGCAGGUGUCCUCCAAAGCCAGUGCUCCAUCAAGUGCUCGCUAUGGCAACUGGCACAAGAACAGGGGCCCCACGGAGAUCAAGACGGGCCCCCGGAUCAUCGUCUUCAUCAUCGGAGGAGUGACGUACAGCGAAAUGCGCUGUGUGUAUGAGGUCACGCAGGCCAAUGGCAAGUGGGAGGCUCUGAUUGGUUCCACUCACAUCCUUACUCCCACUAAAUACCUAAAGGAACUACAACACCCAGACUUCCUGGACCCCAAUGCCCCACCAGAGAGUACAGAGGAGCCGCCUGCAGAGUGA